AUGGCAGACAAAAUUGCUGAUCUUGAACAGCAAGUUCUGCAGAGGACCCUCAAGGAAGUAGCAGAUGAAGACGUGGCCGGAACAGACCCCUGCGUCAUUUGUCUAGAUACCGUCACUGAGCCAAGCAUCGCAGUGCCAUGCAAGCACACUAACUUCGAUUAUUUAUGUCUUUUGAGCUGGGUGGAGCAACAAGCUACCUGCCCUUUAUGCAAGACUCAACUUACUGCUGUUCAAUAUGAUCUACAGAGCCCGCAAGGACCGAAAACAUACCACAUCCCUCCACCUGUGCAAACUGAGAAAGCUUCUCCAGGCUCUGGACAAGGUCAUAGUAUCUACAACAAUCAGUUUAUAGGACUUACAGGCACACAUCGUCGACGUCGACGAGCUCAUUCACCGCAGCGCCCGCCACCUUCCAACAACCCCCUCGCUGUGCGGCGCAAUGUUUACCGAAACCAACUAUACUCCCUGCGUGUUGGAUCAAAUCGUCUUUCUCGAUAUAGCGAAGUUGCACCAGAGAAUUUUAAUCUAGAUGAAGAACUUGUCUCGCGUGCUCGGAAAUGGAUCCGCCGAGAGCUUCAGGUCUUCAGCUUCCUGAAUCCCGAGACCGAGGCAGAGGCGGAGCGCGAGCAUGACAGGGUUUCCCGUCCUGGCCAUCGCAGAUUGGAAGAGCGCAGGGCGAACAAUGCGGAGUUUCUGCUAGAAUAUGUCAUUGCAAUCCUGCGUACAGUGGAUAUCAAGGGCAGCGCCGGGCAAGCGGAGGAGCUCUUGCGGGAUUUUGUCGGUCGUGAAAACGCACGGUUAUUUCUCCAUGAGCUUCUCGCAUGGUUGAGAAGCCCCUACAUGUCUUUGGAAGACUGGGAUCGCAAUGUUCAAUAUCCAAGCCCGACGCAACGAUAUCCCGUCGGAAAUGGCGAGGACAAUGCUCGAGGUGAUCGUCGCUCAUCUGCAAGUCCUACCCGGCGCCGGCGCCGGCGCAGGAGUGCAUCUCCGGUUCGGGGUCAUAGCAGAAGUCUUUUUGACCGAGUGUCUAGGCCUGGUGAGCCUAGGCCCCUUUCGCAGCAUCGAAGGCGGUUUCAACCCCGGCGGUCAAAUCCACGACCUUGGACCGACAGAAGCCUUCAUAUGUUAGAUCGAUACAUCCCUGACUGA